GGAAUCGUCAGUCUUCCGCAGGAGUUUCCACCGCUCGGGCUGGAAAUGAUCGCCUAGCUACAGCUAGAGAGUCGGAAAAGCAGAGCGUUACCUGCUAACUAUUAGUGUACAUUAGAUAAGGCCUAUGUGGAGCACUCGGCGCUUAUCGUAUCGCUGACAUUCCCCUUCCAGUCGGUUUAGUUCCGAGCUCCAGUGAGAAGUGAGAGGCGACCAUGUAUCCGUAUUACGAGCAGGACUGGAGUGUUCUGCCGCCGGAGAACAAUCGCAGAUUCAAUCCAGCCUUCAAUAUGGCCACCAUACGGCAGGCGUUCACAGAGGCGGUGGAGAGAGUCAGAAUGCCUACGCCCACACGCCUGCGCGACCUCAUCCGACAGAUUCGCGCCGCCAGAACCGCCGCCGAGGAGCGGGCGGUGGUCAACAAAGAGUGCGCCUACAUACGGAGCACUUUCCGCGAGGAGGACUCCGUCUGGCGCUGUCGCAACAUUGCCAAGCUGCUGUACAUACACAUGCUCGGCUAUCCGGCUCACUUUGGCCAACUGGAGUGCCUUAAGCUGACGGCCAGCACGCGGUUCACAGACAAGCGGAUCGGAUACCUGGGCGCCAUGCUGCUGCUGGAUGAGCGGCAGGAUGUCCACCUGCUCAUCACCAACUGCUUGAAGAACGACUUGAACAGCUCGACGCAGUUCGUCGUGGGCCUGGCCCUGUGCACUCUGGGCGCGAUCGCCUCACCGGAAAUGGCCCGGGAUCUGGCCAGCGAGGUGGAGCGUCUGAUGAAGUCCCCGAACACGUACAUCCGCAAGAAGGCGACGCUGUGCGCCUUUCGCGUCAUCCGCCGUGUGCCCGAGCUGAUGGAGAUCUUCUUGCCGGCCACGCGUUCCCUGCUCAGCGAGAAGAAUCAUGGCAUUUUGAUCACUGGCGUUACGCUCAUCACGGAGAUGUGCGAGAACAGCUCGGACACGCUGAUGCAUUUCAAGAAGGAUAGCGGAAAUCGAGAGAUUGUGCCGAAUCUGGUGCGCAUCCUGAAGAACCUGAUCCUGGGCGGCUAUUCGCCGGAGCACGACGUCAGCGGGGUGAGCGAUCCCUUCCUGCAGGUGAAGAUCCUGCGGCUGCUGCGCAUUCUGGGCCACAACGAUCCGGACGCCUCGGAAGCGAUGAACGACAUCCUGGCCCAGGUGGCCACCAACACGGAGACGAGCAAGAAUGUGGGCAACACGAUUCUCUACGAGACGGUGCUUUCUAUUAUGGAUAUACGCUCGGAGGGUGGACUGCGCGUGCUGGCCGUCAAUAUCCUGGGACGAUUCCUGCUCAACUCGGACAAGAACAUACGGUAUGUGGCGCUGAACACGCUGCUGCGAACCGUCCACGCGGACACGUCGGCGGUGCAGCGGCAUCGCACCACCAUUCUGGAGUGCCUCAAGGAUCCCGAUGUCUCCAUACGCCGGCGUGCCAUGGAGCUCUCGUUCGCGCUGAUCAAUGCACAAAACAUACGUACAAUGACCAAGGAGCUGCUGCUCUUCCUCGAGAAGGCCGACGCGGAGUUCAAGGCGCAGUGCAGCUCGGGCAUGAUCCUGGCCGCCGAACGCUAUUCGCCCACCACUCGCUGGCAUUUGGAUACGCAGUUGAGCGUCCUUAUUGCGGCCGGGAAUUAUGUGCGCGACGACGUCGUCUCCUCCACCAUCCAGCUGGUGUCCAGCAGUCCCCUCCCGGAGCAGACGUACAUCACGAACCGUUUCUGGGAGUCGCUGCAGGUGGCCAAUCAUUGCGAGGACAAGCAGCCGCUCCUCCAGGUCGCCGUCUGGGCCAUAGGCGAGUACGGCGAUCUCUUUAUGUACGGCGCCAACGAGGAUGAGUUUGAACGGCCCACUGAGAGCGAUCUGAUCGCUGUGUAUCAUAAGUUUUUAACCUCUGCUCAAGUCUCGACCACAAGCAAGCAAUAUGCUCUGGUCUCCCUAGCCAAGCUAAGCACACGUCUGCAGCAGUGCGUAGAGGAAAUCCAGGCGCUGAUCACCUCCUUUGGCAGCCAUCUGAAUGUCGAUCUGCAGCAGCGGGGCGUGGAGUUCACGCAGCUAUUCGGUCACUACAAGCAUCUGCGUCCGCCGCUUCUCGAGAAGAUGCCGGCCAUGCAGAUCAGCAGGAUAAGCUCGCAGAACGGCGAGAGCGGCGGCGGCUCCUUCGACGACAACAGUCCGGAUGUCAUUGAAAAUGGUGAAAGUGGCGGUGGCGGACACUCACUAAUCGAAAGCAAUAUGAACACUCUGGGCGACAAUACGAACAUUCUGCUGGAUCUGCUGGGCAGCACGGAUCUGUCGGCGGGCGGCGCUGGCGAUUUGGUGGCAGCCACGGAUCUCUCGAAUGCCGUGCAUAAAAAGAACUCGCGCAAUGCCAACGAUGUGGUGGUGGCGCCCGUUUCCAACAAUCAGGAUCUGUUGGAUCUGCUCGACUUGGAUCUGACCACGCCCUCGUCCACGACGACGACGACGGCUGGUGCGCCAACGGGCGUGGGAGGAGGAGGAGGCGGCAUUCUGGCCUUGGCCGGUGAUAAUAAUCAGAGCAGUGCAGCGAACAUGAAUAACAUGCUGGGUGGCCUGGACCUGGGUGGCUUUGGAUCCGGUCUGGAUGGCUCGGCGAGCAUAGCCACGAACGGCAACGAUUUGGCCAGCAUGCUGGGCGGAUUGGGCGGAGCUGCUCCACCCUUGGCGGCUCCAGCUGCUCCCGUGGGCAACCUCAUCGUCGAUGGCCAUGGCGGCAGCUUGCUGGGCGAUUUGAAUCCCAACAAUGUAGAAGUGCCUCCACAGGGUCCCAGGCUGACUGCGCUGGACAGGGAUGGAUUGCUGGUGCAACUAGUUUCGGUCAGGGGCAGCGACUGCAUGCGCAUCUAUAUGACGACCACGAAUAGCUCAGACAAUACGCUGGAGCAGUACUUGCUAAAGGCGGCGGUUCAGAAGAGUUUCCAGCUGCAAAUGCUGACGCCCUCCGGUUCGGUGCUGCCUCCUGGAGGAGUGAUCACGCAGGAGAUGCGGGUGGUGGCCACGUCGAAUGCGACACUGAGGAUGCGGCUGCGCAUCCAGUACGUGCUCGAUGGCCAGCAGCAGGUAGAGCAGACGGAGGUCAGCGGAUUCCCCGAGCAACAGCCGGCGGUGGCCGAGGAGUAGAGCCACGGCAACUGUAUUAAAGCAAACCAGAUUAGCCUAAUAUCGGAAAUAAAUCAACACGGGCAACUUGCGCAGCAGCAGCAACACUAAAAAACACACACACACACUGUGGUUGUCACACAUUUAUUGUAAAAUAAGUUAUCACACACAGUAAAACAGAACACACGCAAUCGCAAUCGCAGUCGCAGUCGCAUUCGCAUCUAGAUCAGAGCAUUUUCUCGGUGGCAGAGAAAUCAAGGGAUAUACCCAAGCAGUUAACUUAUAUAUUUUGUCUAAUUUAUAUCUCUAUACUUAUAUUUACAAAAACACACUACUUGUCAAAUCAAAACUCUUUACGUUUAUCUUGUUUUAUUAUAAAUAAUUUUCUCAUUCUAAAUGGUGUGUAAACUUUUGUGUGUAAAAGACAACUUUCAGUUUUAAUUUAAGACAAUAAAAGUCAAAUCCCCAGAUAUCCCCCCCAUUAAAGAAUGGCAACUAACAAAGAAAGAACAGAAAUGUAUUAAAACCGAUUGUGAAAUUAUGUAGCAAAAGCAUUUAAAAAAGCUUAGCAUUUUAAAGGAAUCGAAACGAUGGAGCGAGUUGAAUGUUUGAGGCCAUUUCGCGCAGUUUAUUUGUUAUUUCUAUAUGUAAUGAGUGUUUGUUUUCUGUUUUCCCUGAGUCCUGAGUCCUAUUGAGUCUUACUGAUCCUGAUCCUGAUAUUCCUUCUUAUUUACCCCGCCAAACACAUUCAUAUUAUAUAUAAAUAUAUACAGAACAGACACACACACGACCACGCGGAUAUAUAUUAUAUUAUGUAUUGUUAUUUCCUGUGCGCACGUACUUAAAGCGGAGAUCAGCAGCAACCAGAGAAAGUCUAAAGAAUAAAGAGAAAAACACAAACCAGAUAGCACUGUGGAAAACUAGAUAAUAUCUAUGAUAAAUGAUAAAUAUAAUUGUAACGGAGGAGGACGCAGCUUAGAACUAUAUAAACUGAUUAGUUGCCGUCGCCGAUGAUGAUCAGGAUGAUCAGAUGAUGAUGAUAAGGGGCAUCGAGAAGCAAAGAAAAUCCAUUAACUAUUAUUAUUAUUAUUAUGAUUAUAAAUGAAUUACGCAGCUGUAUGAGAAUGAAAGAGAGAGAGAUAAGAAAAUAAUAACAUUAACAUAUUGUACAAUAUAUUAUUAUUUUUGUAUUACUAUCAUUUCCUUUUAUAUCUACUUAUAUUCCACAAACCUUUUGAGCCGAAAUAAACAAACGAUUUCGUUUUAUCGAAGGACAA